AUGGAUGUGGUGGUGGUUGGAGGAUCUGGUUUAUCCUCUUGGAGGUUGACUGGCUUUUAUGGCUAUUCUAGGACUAGAGAAAGAGAUAGCUCUUGGCAAUUGCUCCGAGAACUUUCGGAUCUUGAUUCGUUACCCUGGAUAAUUAUUGGGGAUUUCAACGAGAUAUUGAACAAUGGGGAGAAGAUUGAUGAACCGCUUAUGGCGGAAAGACAGAUGAGAGGGUUUAGGGAGACCUUCGGGUACGGGGACCUUCUGGACUUAGGGUUUCAUGGGGCAAUGACUACUUGGUGGAACUCGGAAACUCAAAUAAGGUUGGAUAGGGCAGUCUGCACGCUAACUUGGUUCGAUCUUUUUGGUCACCCAAAGCUUUUUCACCUGCAACCAUCAGACUCCGAUCAUGUUCCCAUCCUUUUAAAGGCCAAUACAAUUCCUCUGGCUUCUAGACCAAAGUUUCAUCGCUUUAAGUUUAAAGCUUUUUGGGUGCAGCAUCCGGAGUGUGUUGAAGUGGUGACAAAGGCUUGGAGGACUGAUAUUCUUCAAAUGCUAGGCAUAAGGUCCAGGUUGGAGGAGCUUCUUGAGGUCUCUAUCAUUGAGGCUGUACAGCAAGAAAAGAAAGAGCUGAUGGGUAGACUUCAAAAUUUGCUGUAUCAGGAAGAGUCCUUCUGGAGGCAGUGUUUCAAAGUUACGUGGCUCCAGGAAGGGGAUCGGAAUACUGGGUCUUUUCAUCGGAAAGCUUUUAUGACGAAAAUGGGUAGUGGACGAAGAAUGAUGCCGGUUUCUGAAGUGGAUUUUGAGGCGGUGAACAAGACGUUGGAGGCUAUCCAACCUUGUUUCUUUGGAGCAAUGUCUGAUUUGAGGCCAAUUGCAAUGUGUAAUGCUAUUUAUAAGAUUUGCUUGAAAGUAAUUGCAAACAGAUUGAAGAUAAUCCUGCCUUCGGUGAUCUUAACCUUUCAGAGUGCUUUUGUCCCUGGAAGGUUAAUUACUGAUAAUAUUCUUGUCGCUAAUGAGAUUGCUCACUUUGUGCACAAUAAAAGGGAGGGUAUGGAUGGAUAUAUGGCGUUGAAGUUGGAUCUAAAUGACAGUAUGAUUUAUGCUCAUGCUUCUUUGGAGAAUUGCUAUGAAUUACAAGAUGUGAUAGAAACUUAUGGGAAGGCGUCUGGGCAGCUUGUAAAUUUUGAUAAGAGCUCUGUGGCUUUUAGUAAGAAUGUUCCAGAAGAGAUGCAAGACGAGGUAUCCACUUACUUGGGAGUACAAGUGGUGGAUGUUCAUGAAAAAUAUUUAGGCUUGCCUACUUACAUAGGGCGCAAGAAAACAGCAACUUUCCAGUAUAUUAAGGAGAAAUUGGCAAAGAAGCUGGAGGCCUGGCAAGGAAAAAUGCUUACUGGUGCAGGGAAAGACAUUCUUAUUUGGGUAGUGGCAUCAGCGCAACCUACUUAG